AUGGCUCCGCGCGCCGCCCUCCUCUUCGCCGCGCUCGCGCUACUCCUGGCGGCGGCACCCGCUGCCGCGGCCCCAGGCGUCUUCCAGGUGCGCCGCAAGUUCCCCGCCGGAGGCGAUGCCGGCGGCAACAUCACCGCCCUCCGCGCCCACGACGGCCGACGCCACGGCCGCCUCCUCGCCGCCGCCGACCUCAAGCUCGGCGGCCUCGGCCUCCCCACCGACACCGGGCUCUAUUUCACGGAGAUCAAUCUCGGGACGCCGCCCAAGCACUACUUCCUGCAGGUCGACACCGGCAGCGACAUCCUCUGGGUUAACUGCAUCACCUGCGACGAAUGCCCCCGCAAGAGCGGACUCGGGCUAGACUUGACGCUCUACGACCCCAAGGCGUCCUCGACCGGGAGCACAGUGUUGUGCGACCAGGAAUUCUGCGCGGCCACCUACGGGGGCAAGCUGCCGGGGUGCAGCUCCAACGUGCCCUGCGAGUACAAAGUCAUGUACGGUGAUGGUAGCUCGACGACAGGGUUCUUCGUCACCGAUGCGCUGCAGUUUGAUCAAGUAACCGGGGACGGGCAGACAAAACCUGGCAAUGCCAGCGUCACGUUCGGGUGUGGUGCUCAGCAAGGUGGGGAUUUGGGAACUUCAAACCAAGCCCUUGAUGGAAUUAUUGGUUUUGGCCAGGCAAAUACAUCAAUGCUAUCACAGCUAGCUGCUGCUGGUAAAGUUAAGAAGGUAUUUGCUCAUUGCUUGGAUAUCGUACAAGGAGGUGGAAUUUUCGCUAUUGGAAACGUGGUGCAGCCAAAAGUAAAAACAACACCGUUGGUACCCGACAUGCCACACUUCAAUGUGAACCUUAAGUCAGUCGAUGUUGAUGGUACUACAUUAGAGCUCCCAGCUAAUAUUUUCGAAACAGGAGACAAAAAAGGUACCAUAAUCGACAGUGGUACAACCUUGACAUACCUUCCAGAAUUGGUUUUCAAAGAAGUAAUGCUUGCGGUAUUUAAAAAGCAUCAGGAUAUAACAUUCCGUAAUGUUCAAGAAUUUCUGUGUUUUCAAUACUCUGGAAGUGUAGAUGAUGGAUUCCCAACUAUCACCUUUCAUUUUGAGGACGAUCUGGCACUACAUGUGUAUCCACAUGAGUACUUUUUCGCAAAUGGGAAUGACAUGUACUGCGUGGGAUUCCAAAAUGGUGGAUCACAAUCAAAGGAUGGAAAGGACAUUGUGCUUAUGGGAGAUCUUGUUCUUUCAAACAAGUUGGUUGUCUAUGACUUGGAAAAUCAAGUCAUUGGGUGGACUGACUACAACUGUUCAUCAAGUAUUAAAGUUAAAGACGACAAGACGGGUGCAACAUAUACAGUCAAUUCACACGAUAUCUCCUCCGGAUGGAGAUUCCACUGGCACAAGUCCCUGGUUUUGUUGUUGGUAACAGUUGUGUGCAGCUAUUUAAUAUGCUAACACUGUUGUACAACACAAACACAGAUGGAAAUGCAUUUGAUUCAUAUCUUCUUUUCACGAAAGAAAAGGAAAGGUAGGGCCAUAGAUUUUGUUGUCUGACCAUGGAAAACACUGAAAACAGAAACAUUUUACACUAUACAAGUAGCCUGUGUGAAUAGUGUAAUGCUGAGGUGGGAAAUAUGGCUGCGUUUAAUUCAAGUUUACCAUAAGAAAAGUUGUAUGUG